AUGGUGGUACCCAUGAUAGAAGAAUUGAAGACAGCUGAGCUCAGCACUGGCCAGAGAAGAGUAACAGUUCAGAAAGGACCACUGUACCGGGCUGAAGGUUAUCCAGUCAGCAUCACAUGUAAUGUAACUGGCCACCAGGGACAGUCCGAACAGACUUUCCAAUGGUCUGUUUACAAACCGGAUAAGCCAGAAAGAGAGGUACAAAUAAUAAGUACUAAAGACCCUGCCUUCACUUAUGCCUUCUAUAGUCUUCGAGUUCAGCAUGGAGACAUCUACAUAGAGAGGAUCCAAGGAAACUCAGUCUUGCUACAUAUUUCAAAGCUUCAAACCCAGGAUGCUGGCGAGUACGAGUGUCAUACCCCCAACACUGAUGGUAAAUACUUCGGGAGCUAUAGUGACAAGGUGAAACUAACAGUGAUUCCAGAUACCCUCUCUGUGACCAUGAGUCCUCAAACCAUCAACAGAGAGGAAGGAGAGUCAUUAGCACUUACCUGUGAAGUAUCCAAGGCCACAGCUCAACACACUCACCUCUCUGUCUCCUGGUACCGGCUCCAGGAAAGAGGAAACCAAUCCACCAAGAUCAUUUCCCUGUCCAAAGAUUUUAUCUUGAUCCCCGGAUCCUCCUACACAGAGAGGUUUUCAGCAGGGGAUGUGAGGCUAGACAAAAUCGGGAAUACAGCCUUCAGGCUGUCCAUAGGGAGACUGCAGCCUGUGGAUCAAGGCCAGCUAUUCUGUGAAGCUAUUGAAUGGAUUCAGGACCCGGAUGAGACAUGGACAUCUAUCACUCGGAAACAAACAGACAAAACUACAUUGAUAGUCCAACCUGAAGUUAGAGAUUUUCAAGUUAACAUUUCUGUGGAAAGUUCCUUUGCCAUAGGGCAACCUCUGCGACUGAUCUGCUCCGUGAUUUCAAAGAGUAGACAGAACCGAAAAUUGCAGGUGAUCUGGUACCUGAAUGCCACUGACAUUGGCAAUAUUGAUGCUAGUGGUGUUCUGAGCUUGAAGAAAGACUAUGAAGAAAGAGCCAACCUUGGACAGCUCCAGGUGUCAAAGAUGAGCCCCAAUGUCUUCACCUUUACCGUGUCUUCCAUGGGUCCUCAGGAUGAAGGUGUCUACAGGUGUGAGGUGGUGGAAGUGAUGAGCACUCACAAGGAUUUUCCAGGGCUACCUCCAAGGAAGCAAUCUACAGACAUCAAUGUAUACCUCAGAAAGCCAAGAGCAAAAAGUAUGGAACUAUCCAUGGAGAAUGGAAAGAGAUCUGUGUGGGAGGGAGAAGCCCUCAUUUUUCGCUGUAAAUUGAAUGGAGCAGAACAUCCUCUGUCCGUUGUUUGGUGGCAUAUUCCAGUCAACCUGCAGCAGCCAGAGCUCAUAGGUAGCCUGGGAAAAGAUGGCACUGUGCAUUUGGGCCCUUCCUAUAAAAACCGUGGCAAGUCUGGCUGUAUCAGAUUGGAGAAAGAAAACAUGGCCACAUACCAACUAGAGAUCUUCGACAGCUUAACAACAGAUGGAGGGACUUAUGAAUGCAAAGUGACAGAGUUUCAGAACAAGGAUGGAGGUUUGAGCUGGUCUCAGAAGACUUCCAUCACAGUGAACUCUUUAAGUUCGGGUUUACGCGUGACUCUGCACAGCCGUCAGCCCAAGGUCAUAAUAAGCGACACCUUGGCUUUGUCCUGCAUCAUUUUUUCUGACUACUCAGCCCUGAAGGUGCCAAUAACAGUCACCUGGCAAUUCCAGCCCCAGGGAGCGUUAGAUUAUCAGCAACUAGUCACAGUUGCUCAGAAUGGAACCGUUGAAUGGGGCAACUCCCAAGAGCAAUUGCAAAAGAAAAUCAAAGUUUCACAGUCUUCCUCGGGUUCUCAACUCUUAAUCUAUGAAGCCACAGAAGAAGAUAACGGAUUGUACCGGUGCAAAGUGGAAGCCUAUCAGAGAGAGGGACGAGCUUCCUAUGGCCCAGGUAGAAAAGCAGCAGCAGUCAUUUCCCAUCCACUGGGGAUAAAUAUUACUCUGCCAGAGAGUCAACUGCUGGUGAAAUCAGACAGUCAAGUCCAAGAGAUCUCCAUCAACAUGGAAGCUGAAAUAGAAUGUAGCAUCUUAUCGCAAACUAAGGGAAGGACUCAAAUUGAUGUCACUUGGUAUUACCUUCCCUUUUCUCGAGAAGCAUCAUGGCUAAAGAUCCUAACUACUGAUCGAGAUGGCAUUGUCAAAUAUGGAGAAGAUCUUCAUGUUGUAAAGAGGAAACAGAAAUUUCACAAUGAAAAGGUUUCAAAGGACCUAUUUCAACUUCACAUUCAGAAUGUAGAUAAUAGUGACCAGGGGACAUAUCGAUGUACUGUGGAGGAAUGGUUAUGGUCUACAAGUGGCUCUUGGUAUAAGCUUGGGGAAAAGGAAUCAGGAAAGACAGAAUUAAAACUCAAGCCUAUAGGAAGUAAGCUAAAAGUCAUGAAAAUAAAUCACACUGAGGAUGCUCUUGAGCACAGAGAUGUAACCAUCAACUGCAGUUUGGACAGCCUCCAAACAACGGAGUCCCUUUUCUCUGUAGUUUGGUUCUUUAAGCAAGAGCAAGCUGCAGUUACAAGUCUAGUGGAAAUGCAACAUGAUGGCAUCCUGAAGUAUGGGAAGGAAGAACAUGAGAAAAAGCUGCAUUGCUACCGCUCCUCCGCUGGAGAUUUCGUCCUGAAACUUCGAAGUGUGGACAUGGUGGAUAAUGGGAUGUACUGGUGCAAGGUGGAGGAAUGGCAUCUCCACGGAAGUCCCGGCCAGUGGGUCAGCCAGGCGUCUGAUGAGUCGGGACAUACGCUGCUCAGAGUGCUUCAUUCAGAGCCCACAUUUUCAUCUACGAUCUGCUCGUCAUCACUUUUAUUAUACUUCCUGGUUAUCUAUCCCUUUAUUAUUCUCCUCCCCCUCCUCAUUUCCACAUUCUACUUAUACAGGAAGGCCAAGAAGGUGUCUCUACAGAGGUCUAAAGCAGUGAAAGAAAAGGCCCUCUGGGUAGACUUGACAGAAACGUCCUGAACUACAAUGGCUAUAAGAGUGAUGAGAAGCCAGAGGAGGAGGAAGAAAAUAAAAUCAAUUGAAUGCUGAAAGAAAUCCCUAUCUGGAAAUAGGGAAUCACUCUAAUUGCACUCAUUUUUUUCCCUUAUAUAAUAGCCUCUAUUGCCAGUUUCACAGACCUGUGUGGCAGCAAGAAGGUACCCAACUAGCACAACAGAAGGAAAUAAAAGUGCAUUCUUCACUCA